AUGGGGUUUAGUUUAUUAUCUAGUGAGCAGAUUAUCAACGAAGAAUUCAAGCAGUGGCUCUUGGGAUGGAAUGGCCUGGUCAGAUUGAUCAGUGAUCAGUGUCCUUGUGUCUGCUUUCUGGGCCGCGUUGCCGUCGCGUCGAGAGACCCUCCGGGGUCAAGGCAGAGCCUUGAGCAGCCGCGGGGCCCGCGCGCCGCCUCGGACUCGGCUCGGCCCGUCUGCCCCGGCUCCCGCCCUCCGCCCCGCGGGCAGCUGGGGCUCCGCCCGCUCCCGGCCCGCGCGCUCCCGGCUCCCGGCCCGCCGCCCCCUGCUGCCGGCCCCUCCCCGGACGCGGCCGCGGCCCCUCCACGCUGGCAGGGCGUCCUCGCGCGGGCGAUGGCGCCCCGGGCCGCGCUGCUGCCGCUGUGGGCGGGCGGGCUGGCGUUGGCGGCGGGGCUGGCGCUGGACCCCGAGCUGCGGGUGGAGCGGCGCUCCGUGCCGGACGCGUGUCCGCGGGCCGUGCGCGCCGGCGACUUCGUGCGCUACCACUACGUGGGCGCCUUCCCCGACGGCCGCAAGUUCGACUCCAGCUAUGACAGAGACUCCACUUUCAAUGUGUUUGUGGGGAAAGGACAGCUGAUCGCUGGGAUGGACCAAGCUCUGGUCGGGAUGUGUGUGAACGAGAGGCGGUUUGUGACAAUCCCUCCCAAGCUCGCCUAUGGAAGUGAAGGUGUUGAUGGUGUGAUCCCCCCGGACUCGGUGCUACAUUUUGAUGUACUCCUGAUCGAUAUUUGGAACACUGAGGACCAAGUUCAGAUUCACACAUACUUCAAGCCUCCCAGCUGCCCUCGGACCAUCCAGGUGUCGGAUUUUGUGCGGUAUCACUACAACGGAACCUUCUUGGACGGGACACUCUUCGACUCCAGUCAUAAUCGCAUGAAGACAUACGACACUUAUGUGGGGAUUGGUUGGCUGAUCCCUGGGAUGGAUAAAGGGCUGCUGGGGAUGUGUGUGGGAGAGAAACGCCUCAUCACCAUCCCCCCUUUCCUGGCCUACGGCGAGGAUGGAGAUGGGAAAGACAUUCCUGGGCAAGCAUCUUUGGUGUUUGACGUGGCCUUACUGGACCUCCAUAACCCAAAAGAUGGCAUCUCCAUUGAGAAUAAGGUGGUGACUGGGGACUGUGAGCGACGCAGUCAGUCUGGGGACUUCCUCAGAUACCACUACAACGGUACUCUCCUGGAUGGCACGUUCUUCGACUCCAGCUACUCCCGGAACCGCACCUUCGACACCUACAUUGGACAGGGCUACGUGAUUGCUGGCAUGGAUGAAGGCUUGCUCGGGGUGUGCAUCGGAGAGAAGCGGAGGAUUGUGGUGCCCCCUCACCUGGGCUACGGGGAGGAAGGCAGAGGAAAUAUCCCUGGCUCUGCAGUACUGGUGUUCGACAUCCAUGUGAUCGACUUCCACAACCCGUCUGACUCCAUCAGCGUCACCUCCCACUACAAGCCCCCGGACUGCUCGGUGCUGAGUAAGAAGGGGGAUUAUCUCAAGUACCACUACAAUGCCUCACUCCUGGACGGGACGCUGCUGCUCUCCACGUGGAGUCUCGGCAAAACCUACAACAUUGUUCUGGGGUCCGGGCAGGUGGUGCUGGGGAUGGAUAUGGGUCUCCGAGAGAUGUGCGUUGGCGAGAAGCGAACGGUGGUCAUCCCCCCACACCUGGGCUACGGGGAGUCUGGCGUGGAUGGAGAAGUGCCUGGCAGUGCGGUGUUGGUGUUCGACAUCGAGUUGCUGGAGCUGGUGGCGGGCCUGCCUGAGGGGUACAUGUUCGUGUGGAAUGAUGAGGUGUCGCCCAACCUCUUUGAAGAGAUUGACAAAAACGGGGAUGGACAAAUCCUUCUGGAAGAGUUCUCAGAGUACAUUCACGCCCAGGUAGCAAGUGGCAAAGGGAAACUCGCUCCAGGUUUUGAUGCUGAGUUGAUUGUGAAGAACAUGUUCACCAACCAAGACCGGAACGGAGAUGGGAAGGUCACACCUGAAGAAUUUAAACUCAAAGACCAGGAGACCAAACACGAUGAACUCUAAUCUAUGAUGCGAGCCAUAUGUGUGCCCAGUUGUCUUGGCAGAGUGGGCAUGGUGUUGGGGGAAUACCAGGGGUCCAGGAGGUGCAUCAAGCAGAUGGUCACAUGUGCAAGGAGCCAGAAGUCAGGGUACAACUGCAUGGUAAGAGUUUUAGGUCAAUUGCCAGGAAUAGCAAACCCAAUCUGUAUGAAGAGUCUUAGAUAGGAUGUGUAGAGGAUUGAAAGGCCAGCCGUUGCUCUGAAAGCCCUCAGGCAGUUUGUUAUUUAAAGAAAAUCGUGUUAUGCUGAAAUUAGAGCUCUUUUGAAGAUCAGAAGAAAA